GUCAUGUGUGAAACGAGGAGGAAGACAUUAGGCCAAGAGAAAUGGCGACUUCGUGAAAUGUCGUGAGGGGUGACUGGAAUGGACACGACCCAGUUGUGAUAUUUUCCUAAUUGGAUUAAAAAUAUAUUCAUUUUGGAUAUAUGUGAAUAAACAAAAACAAGUUAUAUUCAAAAAUGGCGGCAAAUAUGUAUCGAGUAGGAGAUUAUGUCUUCUUUGAAACCGCAUCAACUGCACCUUACCAGAUUAGAAGGAUAGAAGAAUUGAAUAAGACACCAAAUGGCAAUGUUGAAGCAAAGGUUAUGUGUUUUUAUAGAAGAAGGGACAUAUCAAGUUCACUAACACUUCUUGCUGAUAAGCACCAAAUUUUUGCAGACGGCACAUUAGACGAUGAGACAGAAAAGGAAGAACAAGACAGUGAGGUCUCGGACAAACAGCGACACCAGCUUAAACACCGGGAGCUCUUCUUGUCUCGACAAGUGGAAACCUUGCCAGCUACACACAUACGGGGGAAAUGUACAGUCACUUUACUCAACGAAACCGAGUCCAUGACAUCCUACUUGGACAGAGAGGAUAUGUUCUUUUAUUCGUUGGUCUAUGAUCCACAGCAGAAGACUUUACUAGCAGACAAAGGAGAAAUCAGAGUGGGACCUAAAUACCAGUGUGAUAUUCAACCAUUAUUAAAAGAUGGUGAAACAGAUGGCCGAAAGAUGGAGGAGUUAGAGAAAUUAAUAUGGGACCCAGAAUGUAAACUUUCAGAUAAAAAUAUAGACCAGUUUCUUGUUAUAGCAAGAUCUGUAGGAACAUUUGCACGUGCACUGGACUGCACAAGUACAGUACGUCAACCUAGUCUUCAUAUGAGUUCUGCUGCAGCAAGUAGAGAUAUAACACUGUUCAAUGCAAUGCACACACUACAUGGUAGUAGUUAUGAUAUAGGGAAAGCUAUAGGUAGUCUAGUGCCACCUGGUGGACCAGUCUUGUGUCGGGACGAGAUGGAAGAAUGGUCAGCAUCAGAAGCAAACCUAUUUGAGGAAGCGUUAGACAAAUAUGGCAAAGAUUUCAAUGAUAUUAGACAAGACUUUUUACCAUGGAAAUCCUUAAAAAGUAUUAUUGAGUAUUAUUAUAUGUGGAAGACAACAGAUAGAUAUGUUCAACAGAAAAGAAUCAAAGCGGCUGAGGCAGAGAGCAAGUUGAAGCAAGUCUACAUUCCCAACUACAACAAGCCUAAUCCAGCAGCUAUCAAUGGUAAAAUGAAUGGAAUAGAUGGUCAGGUGUCGGGGAGGGCAUGUGAAAGCUGCUAUGCUGCCCAUUCAACUCAGUGGUAUGCAUGGGGACCAACUCACAUGCAGUGUAGAUUGUGUUCAUCUUGUUGGAUCUACUGGAAAAAGUAUGGUGGAUUAAAAAUGCCAACUCGGCUUGAUGGAGAAAGGCCCCCUCCUGCCCAGAGACAAGAGAGGGUAGCACACAACAAUCUUUUAAGAUUACAUCGAUGUACAAUCACUGGUUGUGGAAAGGAAUUCCGAUUAAAAGCCCAUUUGGCACGACAUUUAGCAACUGCCCAUGGACUUGCAAUAAGAGCGGGCAGUCCACGUCCUGUCAUGAAAACACGAGCAGCAUUCUGUUUGGUGACGACGCCACUAACCCGAAUCUCCAGAUAUUUAUGUAAUGAUCUUCUCCGACCACGACAUGCAGCACGAUCUCCAUUUAUACCAAUAAACAUCACCACAAUAAAGACAGAAUGCCAAUCAAGAUUGACGGACAGGGGAGGUAAUUUUAAGUUGCCAAAGCACAUGUCAACAAGGAGUCGGAUACAACCAAUAGUUAAACGACUUGGAAUAGAUGUCACCCAGGAAAAACCAGCUAUCUUAGAAAGACCUGAUGGUCCUGCAAAACAACCAGAAAAACUGUUCUUUCCUCCACUUUCACCUUCAAAACAAAAACCGUUGGAUGUUGUGAACAAGUCCCCUAAUCAAGGACCUUCAAUCAUGAAGAAAAGAGGUUAUGAAAACACCAAUGGAAUGGAUUCAGGUCCUCCUGCAAAGAGGCCCAGUAUGGGAGUAAUAAGACAACAAGCCAGCCUUGCCAUGAGACCACAAAUUCGUGGUAAUUUGAUGACCCACAGUAUGAAUGGCCGUGGGAAGAUGUUAUCCAAAGGUUUUCGCAUGCAUAUGAUCAGCUGGAUAGAUGCGCCCGAUGAUGUAUAUUUCAUGGCCACGUCAGCAACUAAGAAAUUGCGUAAACAGCUUCACACUCAUGAGUUUAAGAGGGCUGCACGUAAUCCAUGGAGAAGUCUCAGUGUUAAACCUCAACUUGGUGAAGAUAUUGUUGUACUGGAAUGAGACAAAAAAAGGAAAACUAAUGAAAACAAAUAAAGGGAGAUAACUUACCAAAAAUCAGGAAUAUUGUGUGACAAUUGAGAAUCAAUGAAAACCAUUUAUAUUUACUCUACACCAAACUGUGCAUCAUACUCGCAUCUAUUCAAAGGGGGAGUAAAUUGUGUAAAUGAAGAGCACAAAGUAAUUAAUGAAAAUCACCUGGUAAAGAUUAAAUUUAGGUUAACUUAUUGGAUAUGAAAUGUUUAUUUACAGUCAUUGUAGACCAAUGAAUUGGAUAUACUGUUAUGAAAAUCAAAAAAAAAGGUGUUAUGAUAGACCUUCAUAUUUUUUCUAUAUUUGAUACAUUUCCAUAUUUAUUGUUUAACUGGAACUAUGAGUUAUAUUUUGUACAGGAGUUGAUUACUUCAUCGCAGAUGGAAUGUUAGUACAAACUGUUAUUAAAAACCAACUGAGUUGUAAAUCGUCGUUGACUGUGUGAACCUGUCCUGGUAGAAAUUCAAUUCAGGUCUAAAAUUGGACAAUAAACAUAAGAAUACCUGAUCUGUGUGUGGUAUGAUAUUCAAGGUAUUGCACGCUGUCGGGGGGGUACAUUGUAAAUACUAAUUAUGUAUAUAAAACAGUUUUAGAGAUACUGGAGUAAAUGUGUGUGAAACAUAUUGAUACUGCAUGACUGAAUACUUUGUGUGAGUAUUAAAUAUUAGCAACAGUGGCGGGCAAGUGGUAACACAUUCAUAACAUUCAUCCUUACUAUAUGAUCAUUUUAUGUCACGGUUUUUCCAGAUUCAUGCAAAUUUUCAUGGAAAUUUUAUUUUAAAGUAAAAUAUUGUGAAGUAAUAAAAAAAGAAGCAAUUUACACAUUACAAAUUGCACACACAACCCGUGUAAAUUACCAAAAUGAGGUCAACAUAUUUUUUUUAAAUAGCAUUUACUGCCUAACGCAGUAAAAUGAGAAAUACUUAACAAUCGAUCAUUAUUUGCAUACAACAUGUGAAUUAUUAUUUAAAUCUUUAAUCUGUUUGAUUUUCCUUAAAUAUUAGUAUAUUUUCCCCAGGUUUUAUUUUAUUGAACUAUAUGUCUCAUCUGGAGGCAUUCAGCUUUAACAUGUGGAAAAAAUACUCUAGAAGGUAUUUGAUAACUCUUGUUUAAUUUCUUGAUACUCUUGUUCAUGAUGUUUUAGUUGUAUUUGUUGCAUGAAAUAAUUGAUGUGUCAAAAUUCUUAUUAAGUAUGUCAAAACUUUAAAGCAAUGAAUUCAUUUAAGACAAACAAGAUUAUAAUAAAAACAAAGAAAAGUAAGAAAUUCAAGUGGUCAUAUAGAAUUUACAUUUGUGCCAGCUGUUAUUUUGUGUCUAUUUUCAUGUCAGAAAUGUUGAUAAAUGAUUCACACUGAA